AUGCGACCCAUUGAAUCAGAUGAGAUCGGGGAUCUCCUCGAUUGGAAACCCAUGAUGCUCUUGGACAAAACCUUCUUCGGUCCCGCCUUCGUCGAUAGUCUCGUCUCCCGCUCGCCAACCUUCAUCAAGUCCAAGGGCGGCAAGGAAUUGCCACUUGAGCUUUGGAUAUCGAUUCUGGAUUUCGCUGUCGCCGAUGGUUCAGAACCACACGACUAUGCGCUUGUGCGACCCUUCACUCUCAGAAACAGACAAGAUGGUGGGAAGUUGUUGUUUCUCCAGAGAUUCAAGAGGUGGACUUCAUUUGGCACAAUUCAGAACUCCAGCGGAGUUGAAGACUACCAUCUCUCCCUUGCGCUUCCUGAUAGGAAUUUUAACAGGUUACAUAAACCAUUUAUGAAUCGAGAUUAUGGCCAGCCUAUUCAAAUUCCUACCGAGCUACUCGACUCCAAGAUAGACUUCCUUCACGUCAAGUUGACUGUCCCGGAUGUCAUCAAAUAUCUGGAGGGAGGCAGGUGUCGGAUAUGCUGGGGUGCCCGUACCAUAGGAGGUAACGGCGCUGGCUGUCACUUAGCUCACAGCUUCUUCGGAAAAUUGUCAAACAUAGGUUGGGAAAUCACACAUUGGAAUAUCCAUUUUGAUCUCCCGUUACUUUGCCCCCUAUGCGUUGGGCUGGAGCAUACUAUGGCCUGUGUGCGGAGGGAUAUUCAAAGGGACCAGCCUCAUGAGACACAGCGUGAGGACUAUGUCUCAUGGCUUGAGACAAGACUCCAGGAACUGGGAUUUGGAAAGAUUUCAGUGCCUCGGCUGUCCCCACCACGUGGCUUGCGACCAUCAGGGGGUUACCUUUUCAUCGACAGCGACUAA